AUUAAUUCCAUAAUAAUUUUGACAAAAUGGAUUUGGGAGCUUCAACUGGAAUCGAUAUGGAGGAACAGAUGGUAAUCCUCGAUAUUGGUAUUGACUAUACCAAGGUUGGCCUUUCUAAAGACUCUACGCCCAGACAGAUCCUGAAAACUCCUCUGAGUAUCAGCUCUAUCAUCAGAUUAAAGGAUGAGAUAGGCCCACUAACUCUAGUGGAUAUUAUGAAAGAGAGUAAGAAAGUCAAGCAUGAAAUCCAUGAAUUUUUGUAUGAAGUAUUCAUCAUCCAUUGUUUACUCAAGACUAAAGGUAGCAAGAUAUGUAUCCUUGAACAGCUGAUCUUCCCAAGAUCAUUCAUGCAGUCACUUGCAGAGGUGCUUUACCUUGAAUUUGAAUUUAGUAAAGUCUACUUUUUCCUGGCAGACCUCUUACCACUAUACACAACAGGGUUGGACUCUGGGAUAAUGGUUGACUGAGGAUUUCUUCAUACCUCAGUAACUCCUGUGGUUCAGACCAUAUUCACAAUCAAGGGGAAGAAGCAUUCCUACUUCGGUGGUGCUGCUCUUGAGCAAGACCUAAAAGCCCAAAUGAAGCUAGAGAACCCUGGUAAUGAGAAAUACAUCACAAAUACCUUAAUUAAAGACGUUAUCUGCAAGGUUCUGAAGACUUUGAGCAGGAAGCAAUUUGAUGCCUUCUUUGCUACAGAAGAAAGUAUUGAGAAAAUGAAGCAGAAGAAGUACCCUCUCUCAGAAAUGAGCCGUAGAUAUGAAGCUUUAUCAAUGUCCUAUCACACCAUUGCCGGAACAAUGGAAUGCUUUUUCGACCAAGGUGGCACAGAUCAGUACAUCAACAUUGCUCACAUGGUCCUUGAUUGCCUUCUUGAACUUGAAGAAUCCGAUAGGACUCUGGCUGCUCAAAACAUCAUUCCUAGUGGCGGUUUGUUCAUGAUUCCAGGAAUGCACAGGAGACUUUUAGGAGAGUUACAAUAUUCUGUCGAAAAUAUUGACAAGUAUAAGGGCCUCAUCGGUCUUAAGGACAAAUUCAGAGUAGAAAACUCUAUAUAUCCAGCCAACAUUUUGGCAUGGGUAGGAGCUUCGCUCCUCUCUUGUCUUAAUGAAGAGGUAGAUAUGUUCCUCAUCUCCAAAGGUGAAUUUGAAAAAGACUGCAAAGGAAUACUUCCAGAUAGAUUUGGCCAUUGAUUCUUGACUUGAUCUCGAAACAUGGAGAUUCCAGAAGACCCUCCUGUAGAAGAAGGCAAAGAACAGCUUGAAGAUAUCAAGUUCAAGGUCCCAGAAACCAAGAGACCUGAGAACUACUUUAACAUACAGUUCGAAGAGAUGAACAAGAAGAGGAAAGAGUUACUCUAUUCCUCUGCGACUCCCUACAGCACAAGAGCCAUUAACAGGAGUAAAGGGUUUGUUUUCCCAAGAUAGUUCAAUAUC